AGUAACAACUUCUUCCUCGUUCGGGCGGGAGUCGUUCGAUGCACUGACGCAGUCAAAGCAGAGCUGCUCCGUGCCACCGGGCACUGGUUACCACAGGGGCAGAGCAUACCCUAGACUCAAUCCACACACACCAGAUCACAUUCAUCUUGCGACACUGGAAAAGAAAACGGAGACACACGGCGAACCGCGUUCCCCGGGAGAAUUCAUUGGCGUCUGUGGUUGUCAAAGGAAAGUACAUUCUUUCACAAGAUCCCUUCCUUGAAUGAGUACGGCGACAUGGUACAGUUAAAGAUACCCCCUACAUUUAAGCAGAUCUUCGCCGCAGCAUCAUCUGGCUUAGUACUAAGUGGUCUUAUGACAGUUUUGGGAUUAUCACAUAAAGCCCUGGCUUCUUUUGAACAACCUGGAGAUCAGCUUUACCUAACGCCGGAAGAAUGUUCAUGGUUCGCAAACAUUCCGAUUCUGAUGGGAAUACCCGGAACAUUUCUGGGAGGAUUUCUGGCAGAACGCUUUGGACCUCGGCGCAUUCAGAUGGUGAUGAUUCCCCUGCUCUUCACGACGUUCGUCCUCAUGCACACGACCUCAUGGAAGUCAGUUCAAGAACUGGUAUCUGCAAAAGGUUUACUAAUAACAGCUAGAGUUCUUCAGAGUACAAUUGCAUCCCUUCCAAAUCCUGCUACAUGCCAGUACCCUUGUGAGAUAGGCGAUUCAAGACUUCGUGGGUUUCUCACAAGCCUCACAGAUGCAUGGUCCUCGUUCGGCUUCCUCCUCUGCUAUUUCCUUGGAGUUUUCUUUCACUGGUCAACGCUGAUGCUACUGCUUCCGACAGUGACUCUACUCCCUGCUUUGAUGGGGCUUUUAGCAUCACAUGAAUCACCACUUUGGCUGGCUCGGAAUGGCCAAAUGGAUAAAGCUCUACAUUCCCUUACAGCUAUGAGGUCUUCCCGCGAAGAUGCACCUAAAGAACUGAAGCAAAUUGAAGGGUGUUUACAGGGAAGUUCACAAAAUUCAUCUAUGUCUCACUCACUGCGAGUACUGAAGAAGAAGAAAAACAUCAUUCCACUGAUCAUGGGAGCAGCUAUCAUCUUUUUAAAAGAACUUACCGGAAACACCUACUUAAUGGUAUUCAUGGUAGAGAUUUUCAAGAAAACUGGCGUUCCAUCUCUAACCAAGUGGGGUUCAGUUAUUGUUAGUUUUACGCGAGUUGUUUGCGGAGUCACAGGUUCGAUUCUACUGAGUCGAUUUCCGCGGAAAAAACUCCUUAUCUAUGGAAUCACUCUUGCUGGAGCAGCCAAUGUUACUCUUUGUGCAUAUUUCUUCUUGAGGGACCAGGGACACGGCAUUGCCGAUGGACCUCUGCUGCCAUCGGCAGCGCUACUCAUCUACAUGCUCGGUUAUGCUCCAGGAAUAGGACCGUCUUCCUGGUUAAUAUCUACUGAAAUUUUGCCAAGUGAAGUAAGAUCACUCGGAUGUGCCAUUAAUACUUCAAUGUGUGCUUUGACCGCUUUUAUUUUAUCUUACACAUUCACUUACUUUCAAAACGAGAUAGAAACUUACAUUCAGUACGGAGUGUCAUCAAUUGGAUGUUUAGUUUUUGGGUUACUUGUCAUUUGCGUGCUGCCUGAAACCAAAGACAAGACUUUACAAGAAAUCGAGCUUUUGUGGACAGGAAAGUCGAAAUUUCCUUCUUGGUCUUUCUUGAAAAAGAACCAAAAGGAUAUACGGAAGUUAAAUUCUGUUUGAAGUACAAUACUAUUUUUUUUAAUCUACGCAUUCACCACUGACUGACAAAUAAAUCAUUUAAAUUUUCCCGCCAGAAAAUACAUCAUUGUAUCAACAAGUUGGUGGCAACGAUCAUUCAUUUUUACUCGAGCCGCAUCCAUAUCAGGAGAACUUAGGUAAAAACUUGAGAUCUUUGUCUAUAACUUAAAAGCAAUCAACAACAGCAAUAGACUAUAUAGCUACACCAGACGGUUUAGUGGCCUAGGUAAAUUUCAACAGCAAGUUAGCAAUUUCAUCAUUAAACACACCUUAUUAGCUGCCAUGAUAUUUGAAAGAGCUUUGAUUCUUAAAAUUCACCCCCCCCCCCUUCUCUCAUUUCCCAAUUUUACCCUCAUCCGCUACAUUCUUAAUCUCCGAUACAAACUACAAUUCAACUUAACUAAAAGCAUCCAUUACAUCUGGAAAAGCAAAUGUAAAAUCUUCGCUAUGUAUUUUAAUAAUAAUAUGAAAAUGGCGGGAAAGCGUGAGCAAAAACCACCUACAUAUUUCCUGUCUUCAUUUUACCUAGAGAUCUCUCGGCUAACUAUGAAACUUAACAUUGGUUGAGUGCAGAACUUUCCUCUUAAUAUACAAACUUCCAGUAAGGAGAAGUUAAUUACUAGACUAAAUAUUGUAUUGUUUGAAGGCUAUCUCACUGAAACAUAAGCAAAGUUCAUUCCUUCAAGAGCUUAAAUGUUCCAAUAUAAAAUACAUGACAUAUUUCUCAUCAAAUAACGAGUAAUUUCACAGAGUAAUGCUGAAACAAUUGCGUGAUUUUUCAUUAAAUUUCUUAUAAUUAAUUAUAUCUGAACUGCAAAACGAAUGCGUUUCACGUUGAGUCUUGUGAAGGAAUUAUCAACUGUUCGACUAAAGCACAAACCGUCCUUCCAUAUCCACCAGAGUCAGCAACACUUCAAUACCUAAUCAGUCGUUUUAGCAUUUCAUGCAAAGGCCAUCAGUGAAAGUAUCCUAGCACAUUUCAGACUUAAACCGUCAAUGAUCUCUACUGGCACCUCCUGAUACUUCUGCCAUACUAAUUAUUUUUGUACAUAAUUUAUUAUUUAUAUAUUUAUUUAUUUUGUAAUUAUUUGGACUUCCUAAACGUAAGGUAUGUAUUGUUCAUAUUUACACACUGAAGUGUUUUUGAUACAAGCAAUACAAUUAUAUCCAUUAGUAGGCAUGAAUCACUUUCUAAUUCCCUGUACUUGCAUUUUACUCUCGUCCCAAUCGCCCGGAUUCCCCCCAAAAAAAUAAAUGUGCCUACUUCUGGGCAGGUGAUCGAAUCAAAUGUGGACAGGCUCCUGAAACGUAUUGAUCUUCCACUGAAAAUUGAUUUCUCAGAGCCUUCUACACUUUGUUUGAAAAGAAAUAUAUUUAGAAUAAAUAAAGUAUAGGCCUCGUUGCCUCAUCAGCGUUUCAUGUAAGUGCUAUUUUCCUCUCUAUGUUGAUAGCAUUCUCCUGCAACUGACAGCAACCCAACCUCAAAUGUAGAUAAACGUCAAAUACGUCCUAUAAAAGGAAGAAACUAAAUAAACUUGGUGUCUGGAGAGCGCAUGAGCACGAGCGUUGAAAAAUAUACACAAGUCUGCUAUUGUUCUUAAUUACAUAUUUAUAAAAUAGUUCGCUCUCUUUGUUGCUCAUAUUACAGCUUCAUAAUCACCAAUAAAGCAAGAUAAUCUUUUAAUUAUUAUCAUUUGUCAAAUUACCUGGAGUAUAUUAAUUCUACAACGUUUUUCCAACUAUGCAAUCCAUAAUCAAUAAUCAACACCUCUCUAAUAUACUCAUUCACCUACAAGAUAAAACCGGUUAGCGAAUGUAAUAAAAAAUA